ACAGCAGGUUCUGCACUCGGUCACAAGUAGCCAUCCACAGCGGACCUCUUCAUCAUUCACUGGGAGUAAGGAAGGCAGCAGAGCAACAGCCAACAUGCCAGUUGACUUGAAUGGAUAUUGGAAAAUGAUUUCCAAUGAGAACUUCGAGGAGUACCUGAAGGCUCUUGAUGUAAACGUUGCCAUCAGGAAAAUUGCCACCCUGCUGAAGCCUGACAAGGACAUCACCCACGAUGGGGACCACAUAAUCAUCAAAACCCUCAGCACCUUCAAAAACUACAACAUGGACUUCUAUGUGGGCAAAGAGUUUGAGGAGGAUUUGUCUGGAGUGGACGACAGGAAGUGCAUGACCACCAUCACCUGGGAGGGAGACAAGCUGGUGUGCGUGCAGAAGGGAGAGAUUGAAGGAAGAGGCUGGACCCACUGGGUGGAUGGUGAUGAGCUUCAUCUGGAGCUGAGAGCUGCGGGAGUUGUUAGCAAGCAGGUCUUCAAGAAGACUUAAGAUGGGUCUUAUUGGACGAGACAGUGCUCCCGGCUGACAUCGACUUAAAGAAACACCAGACACAUACCAUCCAACCUCCAUUUGGUUCAUUUGUACACUCCUUCACCUCUCCGUCCACCCAUGUUUUCUGUUAUGCAUAUUAUUUUCAUGAAGCACACAUUUAUAUUCCAUCAAGACUGUUGUUCUACUCUGUGUGUAACAUGCAGUACUGUAUAUCUGUCUCAGGGUGGGUGCUCUUCUGAUUAACAAGUUUAGAUGUGUUGGAUGCAUGCAGCUGAUCUGACGGGUGACCACUGGGAAAGUAAAGGAUGGCAGUGACGUCAAGAGAGCAGUGGGUUAGUCCAGUUUUAGUUCUUUGAAUGCUGUGAAUGGAAAAAUGAAAGUGUUUGAGGGCUGUAAACAUCUGUGCUGCUGAUGUUUAGUCUCCAGAAUGUAUAUCAGAUAUGAUGUGCGUAUUUAUCCGUCCUAAUUGCUUUGGGAAUGUGCCAUUGAUAGUGAAUCAACCAAUAAAGUAAGCAGUGCUCAAUAA